CGUGCAGAUGAAGCAACUGUACGGCCUAGAGCGAGGAGAAAAAUACGAACACAAACACAAAAACAAUUACAAUUAGAAGAUUCAGUUUCAUGUAAAAUACCAGUAAAUAAAAUACUUUAAAAACAAGUUCUCCAUACAACUAUUGAAGGUGAAAGGGGAAUCAAAGCAAAACAAAACAACUUGGAAGAAAAUCUGCGUGUUUCCCCAAAGGAUUACCUGGUGUGCUGCCUUCUCCCCAAUUUCUCACUCUGCAUGGUCAUGUCCCGGUGCCAACACACCUCAAGUGCCCCAGUCGUGCUAUUCAUCUUACUUGGUGUCACUCGACAGCUUACCACUGCUGCCCCUCUGGUUGAAGCGGCACACAGCACCAAUGACGUCCACGUGCCACCCCCUCCAGAGCUCGCCCAGUUCUUGUCGACCGAGCUGGGGGAGGGGGGGCAAGUGAGGGCAGACAAGGAUCAGGGCCUCCCCCCGACACCCCCUGAGGAAGAGGAUGAGCUGUUCAAAGAUGUGGACCCCAAAACCCUGGCAGCUGUUCUGCUGGAGGCUCUGGACCAACCAGGGGGGGAGAGGAAGGGUGGAAGGGGUGAAGCAGAGGAGGAGAGAGGAGGGGAUGAGGGAGAGGGGAAGGGGGAAGAGGAGAGAGCGCUGCAGGGGGUGGACCGCGACCGGGAUGGGCGGCAGGAGCUGGAGCUGGUGAUGGCGGCGGCAGCGGCGCAGGGAAAGGAGGAGCGGGAGAGGGAGGAGCAGGAGAGGAAGACUGCAGAGGAGGAGGAGGAGCGGCUGACGGAGAAGGUGAGGAGCCGCACCACCAGCCAGACUGUGCCAGUGAAGGAGCAGCCAGAGAAGGACACUGGCAAAGAGGAGGAGGCUAAGGAGGAGGAGCAGCAGGAGCAGGGGGGCGAGGAGGAGCAGCUGAGCCCGCAGGAGGUGAAAAACCUGCAGACCAUGCUGGAGGAGUUACAGAGCUACAGCACAGCCACCAAGAGGGAGCGAGACUCUGUGGGCCAGAGGGAGAGCCGGGGGUACUUCCAGGAACUGGACAACGACCUCCUCAACAGUCAAACAAAGCAGAAACCCAAAGGAUACAAGCUGGCUCUGUCAAAGAAGAAACUGAAGUGGCAGGAGGAGCAGCAGAAGAAAAACAACAAGCCCCUCUAUAGGGGAGGCAACUUCAUGGACGAUUUUGAUGACAAUGUCAAGGGGCCGAAUGAUGAGGAGGAGGAUGAGGGAGAGGAAGAUGAGGAGGUGCUGAGCCCGGAGGAGGAGGAGGCCAGGGCAAAAGCGGAGCAAGAGGAAGUGAGGAGGCAGGCAGCGGAGGCCCAGAGGGCAAAGGCGGAGGAGGAGAGGCUGGCUGACAUCGCAUCUGACAUGCUGCUGCAGUACAUGGUCAAACAGGAUGGGAAGAAGUAUCUGGACCAGAGCAAGAAAGCUUCCCUGGGGAACAACGCGGUGGAAGACAAGCGCUCUGAUGAGGAGGAGGAGGACGAUGAUGACAUCGAUCCCCAGACCAUCGACAAGCUGAUCGAGAUCUCCAGCAAGCUGCACCUGCCUGCCGAUGACGUGGUCGACAUCAUCAGUGAUGUGGAGAAAAAAAAGAAAAAGGAUGCCCCUGAGAACGUUCCCUGGAACCGCCCCUUAGCUCCGCCCGCGGCUCCCGCACCAGCCCCGGCCCCUCGAAACCCCUCCCCAAAGGUGUCGCCCCCUCUGUCCAGCCCUUCCAAGACGUGGUUCAAGGACAAAGCUGUGGUGAAGCAAAGCAAACAGGACUUCUGGCAAAAGCCACAGAAGCAGUUUCGUACCUACAACCCCUACCCGCUAUACCAGAAGCCCUACCGUGGUUACUUCCCCAUCUACUUCCCGCCCCCAAAGCCAAAACCUCGCUACUACGCCAAGCCUGUGUUCUCAUUCAACGACCUCCUGGGAAACUCCCUAGACUAUGACUUUGACUUCCCCCCGAAGCGGAGGUACCGGCCCUGGGUUCAGCCCCGCCCCAGAAGCCCGCCCACCCCGCAGCGGAACCCCUACUUCUCCAACUACAUCUUGCCCCACCCCCGGACAUUCAAGCCCGUCCCAAUGCCCAAGCCUCGCUCGCCCCCUCGCCGCCGCCCCUCCUUCUACUACUCCCCCCCGGCCCCGAUGGUGCCCCGCGCUGAAGACUACUUCGACCCAAUGGGGCAACAGCAGCAGGACAGUGACGAGGAGCUGGAGAACUUCAUCCAGAAGAUUUUCCUGAAGCGCCCCAGAAUGUUUCAGUAAAGGUGAAAAAAAAAGAAA